CACCCAGCAAUCCUACAAUAACCAAAGUCGACCAAGCAAUGAUUUCAUGACAAUAAAACUGAAUGUAGCUCUCACGUCUCUCCGAUGAUUUUAGCAAGUUUCCGCAGGAUUUGGAAAACGGCGAUGGAUUUUGGUUUUGGUGACUUCUUGUACCCCAAUGUUAGGGGGUUGAGGCAGUACUUUGAACAUGAACCACACAACCCAUCUUCAAGCUUCCACCACAUGGCCCGCAUGAUGGACCGCAUGAUGCACGAGAGCCUCCAGCCCUUCGGCUUCGCCCGCAUGAGCACCAGACGCGACAAGGAACCUCCUAGAGAUGGUCUUAGGACUGAGAGGAGUGACACGCGUAGACAGCGGGCUGGACAGUCUGAUACACACGCGGCUACUGGGACGAGGCAUCCGCCGACACAAGUGGUAAGACCAACGAACGUUAACACGUUCCAAGAGCAGCCCAUGGAUCAGGCCAAACCAGUAGACCCGACCACAGAGAGAUGGGCUGGCACAUUACGCCGAAGGGACCCUGACCUUCAACCAACACUGCCCUCUAUAAUUACUACUAGAAAAACAUCCACAGCGUCAUCUAUAAGCAGCGGGCGGAAGACACGAUCCGUUGAAAGAAUGCCGAAGACCUCCAGAGUAAGACAGCUGGUACCCAUCAAGCCUAUGAUCCGAAAACACGAUGUACCAAAUGAAGGGGGGGAUGUAACGAUUCUAGAGAAGGAUGAGAAAGUUUUCGAUGCGACGGGGUAUGAGUUGCAUCUUGUAGAAACAUUGGAAAGGGAUAUACUUCAGAAGAAUCCUGACGUGCGUUGGAGGGAUGUCAUUGGCUUAGAUGAUGCGAAAUCUGUUCUGCAGGAGGCAAUGGUGCUGCCGCUUGUGAUGCCCGAUUACUUUAAGGGUAUUCGACGACCAUGGAAAGGAGUGCUGCUGACUGGACCACCUGGUACCGGCAAAACGUUGCUCGCAAGGGCGGUGGCCACCGAAUGCCGAACUACUUUCUUCAAUGUAUCGUCUGCUACACUUACUUCAAAAUACCGUGGAGAUUCGGAAAAGCUGGUUCGACUACUGUUUGACAUGGCUGCUUUCCACGCGCCAAGCACAAUAUUCCUCGACGAGGUGGACUCUCUAUGCGCGGUGCGGGGUGCAGAUUCAGAACAUGAGGCCUCACGUCGGUUUAAAGCUGAACUGCUGAUACAGAUGGAUGGACUCGCUGCUGCCUUCCACCGAGAUAAGAUAAUCAUGGUUCUCGCAGCCACGAACCAUCCAUGGGACAUCGACGAGGCUUUCCGCAGAAGGUUCGAGAAGAGGAUCUACAUUGGACUGCCUGAUGAGAGCACACGCGUGAAACUACUAAAGCUGAAUUUAAGGGAAGUGGCGCUAGAUUCUAACGUAGACCUCGCUGAGCUAGCUACUAAGCUAGAGGGCUACAGCGGAUCGGACAUCUGCAACCUCUGCAGAGACGCAGCCAUGAUGACGAUGCGCCGCAAGAUCGCCGGAAAGUCCCCCGACCAGAUCCGCCACCUCAAACGCUCCGAGCUCGAAGCCCCCGUCUCCAAAGAAGACCUAGUAGCUGCCACAGAGAAAACCCGCCGUACGGUCUCACAGGCCGAUGUGGCUAGGUACACUGGAUGGAUGCAACGCCAUGGAUGCUCCUAGCAUAGGGCUGGCGCGCUCCACGCGCUGCUCAUGAAACUCAGGGUUUAGGCACCAUCUGUCUACCUGUCAGGUUUUAGAGCCACUCCACACUAGCGUCGUGUG